CAUCGUUUUUGUCGAAAAAGGUUCGUGAAAAACUAUCUGCGAAUAAUUUCUGGUGUUUCACAGUUUUUCCUGGAAAAAUUGAUUGGUAUCUGCUUGUUCUUGGGCUCAACUGAGUUUAAUAACUGUUGUGUAAUUGAUACAGUAAUUGUAGUUCAUUAUUUUCCUGCUCUUUGCGAUCCACAUAACUUGCCUUUUGGUUAUUCGCUAGAUUUCCUCACGAGAUAAUCCACUGAGCAGCAGCAGCAAUGGGUCACGGAUUCGGUGAACUGGCCAAGGUGCGCGGUAUCGUUACCCACAAGAUUUCCUCGUACGAACAGAAAGCCUUUGCCGGAUGGUGGACCAAGGCGAUUCCCAACACGCUUCGACGAAUCCGGUCCCAGAUCUUCAUUGUGACGCCACCAUUCGUUAUGGGCUACCUGGUGUACAACUAUGUUGAGAACCUGCACACCCAGAUUAACCGCAAGAACCCAGCUGACUACGAAAACGAUUCCUAAGAAGGGGACAGUUUAAGGCUCGGUAGAUUGCAAGCCCAAUGCACUAUGCUUACUAUCUGUAAAUUCGUAACUAGAGAGGAAUAAAUCGAACAGCUGAUCGGCAAUCCAGUGGAA